ACUGAUCUUCAGAGGACACAUGUUUCAUUUUAGUUCAGGAGAAACACAAUUUCUCCGGGUUUUUGGCCUGGAUUGCAUGGAAAGCCGAAAAAGGCAUCUCUCAAGGUGCAUCGGAGGCAGGGUUGUGCUACGAUUUUAAUAAGUCCACAACAUGGUGCGAGCUGGCCUUCACGCUGUGAUUUGCAUGUUUCAUCAAGAUCCUUUGUAUAUACUUUAGUUGUCCAUUGCGCUGUUCACACUCCACAAUGCACAAACUGCUUUGAGCAAGAAUCAAACGUGUUGUGUUCGAACAAGAUAGUGCAAGAUUUGCUUUGGAAUGUUCUCAUGCGGUGACUUGGUUCUGGCUUUAGGUGCUUCAGCCGAUCCGGCCGGGUGGAUGCGUCUCGAUGGGUCAAACCGCUAGCUGCUGCGAGGAGGAGCAUGUUGACGCUCCGAAGGAAGUGGUGCUACACAAGUUCAACGAACCCGAAGCAGAGGACACGGAUGAAAACCCUCCCCGCAAUGUCAAAGACAUCACGGUGGAGAUCAAGAAGGAAGUGGCAGCUGAUGUGGCUGAAGCACCUGACGAAGUUGGUCACAGACUCCAGAAGCCAAUGAGCGGGAGCAGUCGUUUGGAGAAAAUGGAGCAACUUGCAGUGGACCAUGAAAUCGUGCGUGGCAUUCCUUUGCGCGAAUCCUUGAAGAAUUGGGGCCGACUUUGGCGUUGGUCUCCCCUGGAUUUGGCCGAAGAGGAUCGCAAGAGCCUCUGGAACCGCUCCAAAAAAGUGGAAGGAUAUGACAUUUUCCUUUCGCACACCUGGCUGACAAAGGGAAGGUGGAAAGUCCUGACUCUGCUCUUGCGAUCUGGUUGGUACAUGAUGUUGCUCGGGUGGGUCCUUUUCGCUGCCCUGGCCAUGAUCCUUUGCAGCUACGAGGUCUUGCCCAUGAGUUCUUCUUGGCUGGUGGAGCUGGAUGGCUGGACUGGUCAUUGCACAAUGGGAUACUGGAUUUGGAUCUUAAGCAUCACCGGCGCAUUUCUGGGUCUCUUCCUUUCAGUCUACCUUCCCGAGCGUAUCUUCAAGUCAAGCGUUUGCUUCCUCGAUGUGGUGAGCAUCCAUCAAACGGAUUCAGCCCUGAUGGAGCGUGGCAUCUACGGCCUGGGCGGCUUCUUGAAGGUCGCCAAGGAGUUGCGGGUGCUUUGGAGUCCUCCGUACUUAUCUCGAUUGUGGUGCGUUUUCGAGCUGGCGGCGUAUCGCACAGCGAAUCCCAAGGGAAAGAUCGUUCUAAAUCCACUGUUUAUCGAUAGUGUGUGUACUAUAAUGUUCUUCGGCAGCCUUCUGGGAUCCUUGCUCCUCCAAUACACGAUGCUGCGCAAGAUGAAUGCGACCGUGAAGAACUCCGCCUACUCCUUCGGAACAUUACCCUUGCUGGUGGCUAUCCAUGUCCUGCGACGUGAAGUGAAACUGAGGCACUUGCUAGCAACGGGUCUGAGGGAUUUCGACUUGAACGACGCUGAGUGCCGGAACGAUUUUGAUCGCGAGUUCAUCUAUGCUGGCAUCAUCCAGUGGUACGGCAGCAAAGAGGCCUUCACCAAGUACGUCCGAGGAACUUUGCGGAGAGAACUCCUUGGUUGUACGUAUUUGCAGCUGAAGAUGCCCCCGCAAUACCUCUUGAUGAUUUGCCUUGGCCCUGUCUGCAACGCCUUGGAAAGCACAUUGGCUCUCUUGAUGGCCGACUGCCCCACAGAUAUCAUACUGAGAUUCAUCGUUGGACGGGUCUUGGCCACAGACCUCUGCUGGCAGCUGAUGUGCUUGAAAGUGGCGCUGAACCUUUGUGAUACGCUCGGAGCCCAGACUUGGCCGGGAGUCCUGAACUUCGUGAACUCGUUCAUCAUUUUCGUGAUCUAUUGCUUCUGCAACCUGGUGGGCGCGACCAUUGGUUCGAUUGCGUGGGAAGCAGGGCUUUGGCAAAGCUUCCUUUGGCUCGGCGGCAAUGUGCUGCUGAUUCUCCUCCUGAUCGGCUUUGCCAAGAUGAUCGAGAAGAAGAAUAUGUGCCAUUUGGAGAAAGAGAACCAGGAUAAUUCAGAAGCAACUCCCAUGUAGCUUCGCGCGAGGUAACUGUAUCGCCUUGACCCAUCUGCCUGUCUUUUUUGAGUGUGCUAGCCGCACUGGCAGUGUACAAAAUCAUGCGCAUCCCUGGCAUAUGUCAGGAAGCCUGCAGCUCAAGCAAGCCUUGACUCUUUUCGGAG